UCAAUCUUAGUACUGUUUGGUGUGAGGGUUUUGGACAAUGGUUUAGUCAGAGAGAGAGAGAGAGAGCGACGAUGCAGAGAGGCGACGUCGUAUGGGCAAGGGUUGUGUUCCCUCACACAUGGUGGCCCGGUGUGGUCCUCCACAUCCACAGCCUCGGUGUCCUCGUCUCGUUCUUCGACCUCCAACCCCCUCGCUACUUCCUCAGCUCCGAGCUCCGUUUCUUCGACCACACUUUCCGAUCUCCGAUGAUUUGCAACAACAGCGAUGAGAUGUUUGGUCGUGCAUUGGAGGUGUUCGGUCGGAGGACGCUUCGGAGCCUAACGUGUCCUUGCCAGAGGACGAACAGAAGUGAUCCGAGCGAUUUGAGGGGAACGACUUCGUUUCAGGCGGUUGGGGUGUUGGGGUUUGUGCUGAGGAUGGGUGUGUUACCGUGGGUUGAGGAGACGGAGUUUGUUGAGGCGGUGAGAGCGGUCGCGCAGGUUCAGGCGUUUCGUGGUUAUAGGUCGGCCAAGCAGAGCCAAAGAAGAGGUAGUGAGAAAAAGAACUCAGUUUAUCAUGAAUCAGAUAUUUUAGAACUGGAAGAUGAAUUUCAGCUAUUCUUUGAGGAAGGGGAAAAGAACCUGGCAGUUGGCGUGACAAACAUAACGAACUUGGAAAUUCCUGUUUUGAAAGAAUUUUUUAAUGAGCAUCAACUUUGCAGUAUGUCACAGACUCGAAUUAAGCAAAUGAAGGCACGGUCAGUCAAUGAGAUACUGGUAAACUUGCAUUGUCUUGCUCUAGAUCCAUUUUAUUUAGUUGGAAAACGCUUGAAUACAGUGAAGCAGAAUAUCUUGAGGUUCAGAAGUUUGUCAUUCCAAAACAUUACUGACAUCUGUUUAAAAAAAUGCUUGCAACCUAAAGGCAUUGAAGCUCAGCUUUCUCAUCCUGGGAAUAUCGAGUCUGAGCUAAGUAUGAAGGUUGACAGAAAACAAAGCUGUGGAGAAAUUUUUGGCCCCUCUGUAUCUUACACGGACAAUCCUGUUAACUGUCUGGGGCGAAAGAGGAAGCUUGAUGAACCUUCUGUUUCUUGUAUUUCUUUUAAGCUGCACAAGACUAUCCCAACUACUGCAUAUCUGCAGAUAAAUAAAACUGGAUGCAAGGAAAACUCAUCUGAUUCGUUUAUUUCAGUGCCUGCUUUGUCUGAUCCAUCUCACCAUGGUCACAUUGUUGAAAUUGGCAAGCUUCAGGAGUCUGAAGAAAGAGUUGAUAUUUUAAAUGAUACUAGGGCGUGCAUACCUUGUGUCAUGAGACAGGAAACUGGGAGAAGUGAAUCUGACCUUAGUGUUGGAAAAAUCAAGAUGCUGUCUAGUGACGGCGAUGGUGCUACAUCCGGUGGAUCCAACAAAGAAGCCAGUAUUAGUGUCACUUCUAGAGACAGCUUUAAGGAGAAUAAGGAGCUCUAUCAACCUGUUACUUCAGAUUCAUCAUUUGAGUUGCGAAGGGGUCAGCAGUGUGAAGCACUUGUUGCUUCUACAUCUUUACAUAUGAAGUUUCCAAGAGAUUUUAAGCUGCCAUCAAAGGAGGAGUUGGUAAAAGAAUUUAGUCCAUUUGGCACAGUAGAUUCCCUGAAGACAAAAAUCUCUUCUUAUACUGGUGCUGCCCAGGUGGUUUUCUUACACCCAACUGAUGCAUUGGCUGCUUCCCAAUAUGCUAAGGAAAACAGGGUUUUAUUCGGUGAGGCAAAUAUCCGGUUUUGGCUUGACCCACUUGAACACAGGAGAAGAGGAACCCAGUCUUCAGUUCCUUCACCAUUGUUUUCAGAGAAAGCAGUAAAUCUGAAAUCAUGUCAAUCUGUUAGUUCUGAUACAUCAUUCAAGUUGCAGAGGUGUAAGCAAUUGGAAGCACUUGCCAACGUUGCUGCUUCUACAUCUUUGCAUAUGAAGUUUCCCAACGAUUUUAAGCUGCCAUCAAAAGAGGAGUUGGUACAAAAAUUUAGUCCAUUUGGUACAGUAGAUUCCCGGAGGACAAAAAUCUCAUCUUACACAGGUGCUGCCCAGGUGGUUUUUGUACACCCAACUGAUGCAAUGGCUGCUUGCCAAUAUGCUAAGAAAGAGAGGGUUUUGUUUGGUGAGGCAAAUAUCCGGUUUUGGCUUGACCCAUUGGAACACAUGAGAAGAGGAACAAAUUUUUCAGUUCCAUCGGCGGAGUCGUUGACAUGGAAACCAAAACCAGUGAGUCCAAAAUCAUGUCAACCUGCUUGUUCUAAUUUAUCAUUCAAGUCACAAAGGGUUGAGAAAUUGGAAGCACUUGCCACCAUUGCUGCUUCUUCUACAUCUUUGUGUAUGAAGUUUCCUAAGGAUUUCAAGCUGCCAUCGAAGCUAGAUUUGGUAAAGAUAUUUAGUCCAUUUGGCACUGUAGAUUCCCAGAGGACAAAGGCCUUUUCUAAUAAAGGUGCUGUUCGGGUGGUUUUCUUACGCCCCCUCGACGCAGUAGCUGCUUAUAAAUAUGCUACGAAAAAGAAGUUUUUAUUUGGUGGGGCAAAUAUCCAGUUCUGGGUUGAGCAACUGGAACACAGGAGAAGAGGAACCAUAGUUUCAGUUCCCUCACCUGUGUUGACAGGGGAACCGGUGAAUCUGAAAUCAUGCCUCAAAAAACCCCACCCCCUUGAGUACAGAGACAAGAAAAAACCUUACAAGGUGAGAUUUGUAAUAGAGACAUAGAUCAGUUCGUUUUGAUCAACUACUAAGGAGAAAUCUGCUUCUUUCCCCCCCAA